ACAUUGUCAAUUUCUCACAAAUCCAGUCCAUCGGCGUCGAUGGCCACGUCAGAAUUACGCACAACUAGCACCACCAGUCCAUCGACCACAUUUGUCCAAACAGACGCAAACACUUUCCGAGAAAUAGUGCAGCGUUUAACAGGCGGCAGCAGCAGCGGCGGGGAGCAUCAUCAUGAAACAGCUACACCACAAGUACUAGGGAAGAACAAGAACACCACCACCAACAAUACGAUUAAUAACAGUAGUACUAGGAAGGUGGCGGCUUCUUCUUCGACAAGCAAACUCCAUGAGAGAAGGCAAUGUGCGAAGAUGAGGCCCAAACUCGAGAUUGUUAAACCCACAACCACCACCUUCCAUUCCAAACCGCCGUCCCCAUCAGUACUCAGCCCAAGUACAAUGUUCUCAAAGCUGUCCAUUCUGCAGCAGGAACAACUUGAAGAAAAAAAACUGUUGUUAUUAGGGUCGUCAUCACCGACGCUAAAGAUGACAUCUGGAUCGUCGGAUCACCACCACCACCACCACCACCAUCAUCAUCAAGCAGUAAUGAAUGCUCAUCAUCAAGAACAAGAACAGGAAAAAGAAGAAGAGAAAGCCAUCCAAGAGAGGAGAUUUUACAUGCAUCCAUCACCUAGAGGGGGCAGGCCACUAGAACUCCUUACCUUGUUCCCUUUAACAUCUCCCAAAUCAAGUCAAAACGAAUAA